CUUCAAAUUCAUUUAAAAAAAUACUUUCAUAUAUUUUGCACCAAUCCAAAUACAAUACUUCAUUUAUUACUUCUCAGUAUUCAGUGAGCUUUUAUGUUUUACUAAUUGGUGGAAUAAGCAAACAUUUUCAGGUACAGCAAGAAAAAUACAUACUUUUUACAAAAAAAAAGUUUCACUUGCUGCCAAUUCUCCUCCAGAAUCAUCUCGUAUUUGUACUGGCGUUUCUGGGACAGCAGGUGGCGGUAGUUUUCCUUAGACUUCCAGUUUUCUUAAUUCUAGGUUGGAGUUGACCGUUUAUUCUUUGAAAGAAAGAACCAACUUUCUAUAAAAUGUACCAAACUAACAUAAUUAAUUCAAACAAUCAAUAAGUCAGUGACAAUUGUAUAAUUAUUGUCAAGUUGCAACAAUCUGUUUCAUUAUAGGUUAACUGUGUUUUGUUCCUUCAGAAAGAACUGAAGUAGCCUAGGCUACUCCAAAUAACUGUACAUAUUCAGUAUAACAGUGCAAUCUCAAACAUAGAAUUAAACGUGACUAAAGAAGAAAUUCUGCUUAAUGAUAAACGAACACAACUAAUUGUCAAAUGACAUAUUUGACCCUGGACCACAAAACUAGUAAUUAGAGUCAUUUUCUUAACAUUGAGAGUUAUACAUCAUCUGAAAGCUGAAUAAAUAAACUUUCCAUUGAUGUGUGGAAAUUUAACCCUUGAUUAAAUUGUUUUUAUAUUAAAUAUUUUGGAAUAUUAUGUUGAACCUAUUUCUAUUUCCACUCAAGUCUUGCUUUUCUCUUUUUAUGCUUUCCUUUUCACAUAGUCCUAUUUUAUUUUAUUUAACCAAAGAUUACCUUGUGCACACAUGAUCUCAUUAGUGAAUUAGUUUUGGAGGGAGAAAAAAAGAGUAAUAAUAAAAUUGAGGACUUGCCUUUCAAAUGUUUUCCAAGAAACGUGCCUUUAUGCAUUUAUUUCGCACAUACAAAAUGACGACUUCAGCAUUACAUUUUGAGAAUAGGCUAUGUGAGUUAUGGAUUAUUUCAUUACAUAUUUAGUAGCCUAUUUAAUACAAACAAAAAGUCACAAGUCAUACAUUAUAGGCUAUAGGCCUAUAUAGACACCACAGAAAAUGAAACUGUAAAAUGAACGAUUUUAAAUGUGAUAAAUAACUUUAAUGGUUAUAAUUAUAAUGUAAAGCGAUUAAUAAACCGUCGAAACAUUUUGUCAAAGAGUUAAGACAUUUUAUUAGGCCAAAACAAGAAAUGAUCCGUGGUCAUUAGUAGAGUAAAGAAUGAAAGAAUUUGAUCUCAGACAUGUUUAAAAUGUUUAGUAAGACAUUUUAUUAAAAAAAAAAAUAAACUUUUUAAAUGGCAAGCAGGUCAUCAGCAGCAGGUGAAGAAUGAAAGAACUCCACAGAUGCAGCGCGCGGUUUCCAACUUUCAAAGUUCUUCGCAGCGAGACGGUUUAAGUCCCUGUGCGUCACAGCCACGCCCAUACAACACAUUAUUACACCUAACCAACCCAUAUUCUCAUGCGGUUUGUCUACAAACUGCAGUCCUGCGGGAGAAGGAACUUUGCUGUCAGCUGCUCUCUUGCAUCCCUGUGGACUGAGAGGCAGCGCGCGGUCAAUGAAGCAGGAGGUCAGGUCUGCUCAGGGCUCAGCUCGCCUCGGGCUGCAGUUGGCUGGACGGGCAGAGGAUAACCUUUCUGCUCAGAGAGGUGUUGGUCUUGCCCGAGCGCACUUUGAGAAACAGCCGCCCGCCAAUCUGCGCAAGUCAAACUUCUUUCACUUUGUGUUGGCUUUAUAUGACAGUCAAGGUCAGUCUGUGGAGACUGAGCACACUGCAUUUGUAGACUUUGUUGAAAAAGAGAAGGAGCCAGUAAGUGAAAAAACAAACAAUGGAAUCCAUUACAAACUCCACUUACUGUACAACAAUGGUUUCAGAACAGAGCAAGAUCUGUACAUCCGUUUGAUAGACUCUGUGACCAAACAGGCAAUUGUGUUUGAAGGUCAAGAUAAAAACCCUGAAAUGUGUCGUGUUCUUCUCACUCAUGAGACAAUGUGCAGCCGAUGUUGUGGUAAGAAAAGUUGUGGAAACAGGAACGAAACACCAUCAGACCCCGUCAUUAUUGACAGGUUCUUCCUAAAAUUUUUCCUCAAAUGUAAUCAAAAUUGCCUGAAGAACGCUGGGAACCCACGAGACACACGUCGUUUCCAGGUGCUGGUCUCUACCACAGCCUCCGUUAAGGGCCAUGUUCUAGCCAUUUCUGAUAACAUAUUUGUCCAUAACAAUUCUAAGCAUGGCAGAAGAGCAAGACGAUUUGAGUUAAUUGAAGCUGAGAUCCCCUGCAUUAAGGCCAUCAGUCCGAGUGAAGGUUGGACAUCAGGUGGAGCCUCAGUGAUUAUUAUUGGAGAUCAGUUCUUUGAUGGUCUACAGGUGGUUUUCGGAACAAUGCUGGUCUGGAGUGAGUUGAUCACACCACAUGCGAUUCGUGUGCAGACUCCACCUCGUCACAUUCCUGGUGUUGUGGAAGUAACUCUGUCCUACAAAUCCAAACAGUUCUGCAGGGGACCUCCAGGACGUUUUAUUUACACUGCUUUAAAUGAACCAACCAUUGACUAUGGGUUCCAGCGGCUGCAGAAGGUCAUUCCUCAUCAUCCUGGUGAUGUGGAAAGACUUCCAAAAGAGGUCUUACUGAAGAGAGCAGCUGAUCUCAUAGAGACGUUUUAUGGAAUGCCUCACAACAACCAGGAGGUGAUUCUGAAGCAUGCAUCGGACAUAGCAGAGGCACUCCAUGGGAGCCCACGAAACCCAUCCCACACAAAUUCACAUGGGAUUAUCGGUGUAAACUCCUUUGAUGGACAGUUAACUGCAAACACAGAGGUCUCACAGGAUGUAGAACGAGUGGGAUUCAGUCGGAGUUCAAACACUGGCUUCGUUUCAGGCUGCACAUCCCAACAGUCUGAUUUCAAUAUCAACACAUGCGUGAACGGACACGCACAUUUGCACCCACACUCCAACAUGCCAAGGCACACACACUCAAACACACACCCGUCUAUGGCCGGGCAAACACAAACACACGGACGCCCCUCUGUGCCAAAUUUCUCCAUGGCUGCCACACAAGCAUUCUUAGACAGUCCCACAGAGGACACACAACACUACAUCGUGAAGCAAAAAAGUGCUUUUGCUCCAGUUCUGAAGCUGCAGUCCUCAACAGCACAAGUUUCAAGUCUUCCCAUUUGCACGCCUUGCAUGGACUAGUGACACCUGUCGCACUUUCACAUGGACAAACUCAGAAGUGAAGGAAUCUCUUUGUGGUCAGGGAACAGCCAAUUUUGCAUUUUGAAUGUUUUUUCAGUGCAAGCAAUAUAAAAACAAGAAACUAUA